AUGUCGCAAUCGGGUGACGACGAUCUGUGGGGUGACCUAUCGCCGUCAUUCGAAGAACAACUCUACAACAACGUCGCGCUCGCUGAACAGGCGGCUGAUCUGGCACGUCAACGACACUCAUUAGUUCACUCGCCAUUACGUGCAUCACUCAAGGAGACUUCGCUUCAAUCAAAAACAUCAUCCUUGAUCAAAGAGAAUGGAUUUCAAGUGUAUCGCGAUCCUCUUCCGCAGUCAACCACCACAACCACUUCCAACCGAUCAUCCACCCCAUUACGCGAGCUUUCCACCAAUCAUAAAGUCGAUAAUACCUUCAACAUGGCUGAAAAACGCAUCAAAGUGUCCGACAAAGAAUCGAAAGCGUCAUGCACAUCGGCUCAUUCCUAUGAUACCCGGACAACAACGACAAAGGAUGAUGCACAAUGCACACCUAUACCCAGCAAACCACAUGAUCCUUCCAAAGAUACCAACAAUGAUGAAGAUGACUACAUGUGGAUGGACUUUGACGUUGAUUUUUCUGAAUUGCUUCAAGAUCUCAACAGCCAAGAGCUUAUACAAUCACCCACCAACAAAGAACAACAUGGGAAAGACACCACCCCUGAGACGACAAAGAAUCCCGAUCAUUAUCAAGACAAUGCACAAGUUGAAUACAAUCUCGGUCGAUUCGGUGGUUUCAUGACAGCAGGCAGCAAAAAGAAUUUGAAUAUCAAUAGUGAAGCACGCAACAAGGCUAUCGCUUUAUUUCAUGAUACGGCGAAGUCGUUACAGAAUGAUACAACAUCACCACCAUCAUCAUCCAAGCACAUCAAAUCUACAAAGGAUCCUAUUGAACAACCAUCACCAUCACCACCACCACCAUCCACGUCAGCUGUCAACUCGACAACAGCAACAACAACUCCAGCUAUUGCACAUGAUAGAACGCCUGAACAAGGUGAAAAGCGAGCGUUGGAUGAGGACCAAGAGCCAUCUCCUGAAUUCAAAUACGAGAGCAUCUUGUCUGAAUUUGGCGGUUUCAAGAUGGGCAGUGGGAGAGCUGGGAUUACCGUAUCAGCUGAAGCGAAGCGACAAGCAGUAGCACUCUUCAAUGCAUCCGAAACGACUCGUGAUCUUACACAAUCCCAAAGUCCCAUGCGCGAUAGUGUAUCAUCACAACAUGGAAGCAGUAGCAAUAGCAGCAAUUCGAGUGGAAGUCCUUUGUCCAAGAUGAGUUAUAAUGAUACCAAUGCCAAUGCUGUCAAUUCAUCACCAUCAUCACCACCAUUGCGGAAACCAAGAUAUGCAGCACCUGCCAUCAAUGCCAUCACCCGUGCUAAUGCACCAUCAUCAUCAUCACCACCACCACGAUCGCCUGUACCCACCAUCACCAAUGAAUCACCAAAAUCUCUUCCUGUGCGACGACGUAGACAACCCAACAUUGAACCCGGCAAGGUACGACCUUUCAAAUCACCUAUCAUCAAAGACAAAUUGGAAUAUACCAAGGCAGCUGUCAAUAAUCAAUCAUCAUCGGCCAUUCGUGGAAAAGGGCCAUCCGUGUUUUCAUUAAAAGCUGUUGGUGUACGUCAAUCACUUGGAGAUCUUGGUUUACCUCAACGCUACAACGUGGAGGAGUUGAAAGAGAUGGAUAUUCCACAAGACGUCAUUGAUAUCUCUGCUACCACUGCCAAGGACUACAAGUUUGGGUUAUGGGGAACAAUGGAAGCACGUGCAGAGAUGAUUAAAGCGGGUGCUUUGGAGAGAUUGUUGCCGAAUGUAUGGGUGGAAAAUCAUUAUGGCUGGAUCGUAUGGAAGAUUGCUUCAAUGGUAUGCUCAUAUCCCCAACACUUCAAAUCAUGGUGGACGCCCAAAAAAGUCAUGGAGCAGCUUUUGUAUCGAUAUGAAAGAGAGAUCAAUCUUGGUCAGCGUUCUGCUUUGAAACGAAUUUUGGAGCAAGAUGAUUCACCUGGGAGACAAAUGAUAUUGGCAGUGGCAUCUAUCUCUAAGGUCACAACAGAAGGUUCCCGAAAAUACCAAUUGACAUUGACGGAUGGCUGGUAUCAAAUCCCUGCUGUAGCUGACCCCAGGAUGGAGCAUGCAAUAUCUUGUGGACGAUUAGCUGUUGGUUACAAGCUUUCUAUAUGUGGUGCACAGCUUGCUAAUCCUCAACAAGUACCAUCAUCUACCGGAAUGACGACGUUGAUGAUCUCGAGCAAUAGCUGUCAAAUAGCUCGGUGGGAUGCAAAGCUUGGAUAUCAAAAGCAACGACUACGAUUUCGAUCUUUGGGCACGUUGCAUGAAUAUGGAGGUGCUGUUACAGCUCUUGAUAUCAUCGUGUGUCGCAAAUACCCAAUGAUGUACCGGGAACUUUUCAAAGAUGGAACGGUGGUGAUCCGUAAUGCUCGUGAGGAAGAGGAAAUGAGACACAAAUACAUGGCCGAUGCACAUUUGGGUGAAUACAUGCCAUCGUUCAAAGAACAUCCACGAGCUUUAUUAUCACAGCAUUUGGGACAACAUGACGGCCUGCUACAAGGAGCCACACCAUCCAAGACAACGCCUACUGAAGAACGUAAUGUGAGCGGAUACUUUAAGCUUUUGGUCUGUGACUAUACUCGCUCCUCUGGUGGUGGUGAUGAUGAUGCAACAAAGCAAUCGACGCUUGCCACGCUUUUAUUGUUGGAUGCGAAUGAAGUGCUGUAUAUGGAUAUUUGCGAAGGUCAUCGUUAUCGUGUCUUAUUCCUCACGCCGUAUCAGCCCAAAAAGAGGAGAGGAUGCGAUGUUUAUCUCAAAAGUACCAGACGAACACGAUGGGAGCCUAUCACUUGUACUUUGGAUGAGACAGCAAACACUGCUUAUGUACCACGUUGCAUCACAUCGUGUAAUUCUCUUGUCGAUAUCGAUCCAAGCUCUGAUGUUGAUAUUGCUGUCAUUGUGCUAUCCGUCAUCUCCGUGGAACGUUAUUCGCAACCUGGAGAUCGUAUUGUCUAUCAUCAAAAGUUAUUGGUGACAGACCAAAGCAAGGCACUUGUUCAAAUCAAACUACGCAUACCUAUCCGACCACUAUCAAAUAUCGAAGGCCAGGCCAUUGCAUUUACGAAUGUAGGAUACGACAUGCACGAUGCGAAAUACGGUGUUACCCAUGUUAAGACAUCCGAUGAAAGCGAGAUUAUCACAAAGCAAAGCUCGUCGAUUGCAUACAUACACCAAGCAUUGAUUCGAUUACGUGAAUGGAAACAAAAAAAUGUGGAUGAGCUCGACUCUUUAGCACAACAUGUCAAAUCCGAUAUCCUAUUAACGUAA